AUGGAGGUGGGCGCCAUUCUGUGGCUACUGACCGUCUCCUCCGGCAUUGGUGCUGAGAAGUUUGUGGUCAUUCAGGACAAGUCCAGCAUUGUUGCCACAGAAGGGGAGACGGUGGUUAUUCCAUGCAGACACAAUGUCACGAAUAAGAUAUGGUCAUAUCGCUGGUUCAAAGGUGCCCAAAAUGGAAUAGAAGUGACCAAUGAAACAGCAGAGUACAGAGGCCGCUUCUUCAAACCUCAAGGGGGUGAUCCCUCCACUAACAGCAUAGAUGUUUCUAUGCAACUGAAGGACGUGCGGCCGAGUGAUUCUGGGAUGUACUUCUGCAAGUUGGAGGCAAUAAAAUGGGAAAUGUAUGGGGCAGGGACGAUUCUCGCAGUGAGAGGAAAAAGCAAGAACUUCACAGUUACGCAAGGCCAGUCCAGUAUAUUUGCAGGUGAGGGUGAAACGGUCCUCAUGGUCUGCAGCCAUAAUGCCAAUCACUCCGGAGACAUUGUGUUCUACAGCUGGUACAGGAACACAUCCGAAGUCUCCAACGGGACGGCAGAGUAUGCAGGGCGCGUCCUUGGGCCUGACCAGGAGGAUUCCUUCAAAGCUUCCAUAAAGCUGGUGGGUUUGAGGGAGAGCGAUUCUGGAAUGUACUUCUGCAAAGUACGGAUAGACGGGAUUGGCGAGGAAAUCGGAGAAGGAGUACGGCUGACCGUCAGUCACACAGGCAUACUGAAACCUGUCACAAUUCUCCUGGUGAUCCUGUUAACGGUCUUUGGAAUACAAGGGAGCAUCCUGCUCGUCAGCACCCUGUUUCGUAGAAAACUACGCAGCGUAGCCAAUUCUCUCCUGUUUCAAAGACAGGAGCUAUCUACUCUGAAUGACAGCACCACAGCGGCUGAUUUACCUUCACCCCAAUUGGAGGAAGGACCUGAGACGGCUGAAGAUGGGAAUGCCCCUCCAUGCCCGGAGAUCCAGCCAGAAGAUGAAUUGAUCUACACACCAAUGCAAAGCCUGAAGACAUUCAGUAACUCAAUGGACAAUGGCAUGGAUGUGAUCACCCAGUGUCAACCAGACAACUCGCUGGUCUCCGAUGGAGAGGUACCCACUGUAGAGAACAUCCAGUAUGCAGUGAUAUAUCCAAGUUACUCCAAAAACCGAACUCCUGCCAAGACAUCGGUGGAAGAUGGCGAUUUGGAGCAGGACGACGGCUAUGACGAACUGAAUGUGAUAGCAAAACGUAGCCUCCAGCCUGAAGAAGCCACAAACCAGUAGGAAGAUGGGACUGUGAACAAACAGGUCUUGAGGAAGAUUGGGAAGAUCGGAGAACCAGGUCCUCAAACGUGCUCUCAGCAGUUGGGUCGUGAAUAUAACAAGGAUUCCAGUUUCUGUUCCUUUAAUUGAACCUUGAAACCCCAAUAGCA